CAACUUUCACUUCCUACACUCUUCCUCUACUUGCCUUUCCCUUUCCCCCCUCUUCACUUCUUUACUGUUUCCCUCCAGUCUCUCCAACGGACUGCGGACCUCCACCAGCCGGUUAUGUCUCGCCGUGCGACCCCAUCCCAGGCUGCUCAGAACCAGCAGACCAUCAAGAGCCUGCUGAAACUCGAACAAAACAAGAUAUGUGCCGACUGUAAGCGCAACAAACACCCGCGAUGGGCUUCCUGGAAUCUAGGAAUAUUCAUUUGUAUUCGCUGUUCGGGAAUCCAUAGGGGCAUGGGCACCCAUAUUAGCAGAGUGAAAUCUGUGGACCUCGAUGCGUGGACCGACGAACAACUUCAAAGUGUAGUGAGAUGGGGCAAUGCUAGAGCCAAUAAAUAUUGGGAAGCCAAGCUGGCGCCUGGCCAUGUUCCACCAGAAGGGAAGAUCGAGAAUUUCAUCCGUACUAAAUAUGAAUCUAAACGCUGGGUGAUGGACGGCCCAAUGCCUGAUCCGGCAACCUUGGAUACCGGCGAUGACGAUGUGCCCCUCGCGGUUGUUCAGGAAAAGGCAAAGCUCGAACGUUCCGCCUCCCAACGAGUGGCAACAACAACUAGCCGGCCCGCGGUGCACCGUCCUCAAGCAUCGAUUGACUUGUUCGCGGAUGACGAUAUUUCUCCCCCGAUUCGUCCCAACACCACCGAACCUUCCAUCCGUGCGCCUCCUAAACAGACACCAGCUGCCUCGAAGCCGACUCGACCUGGAGACUCAUUGCUCGGACUCGAUUUCUUUGGAAGUGCCCCUCCAGCGGCCAACAAUCGCCCCGCCAGUACGGCAUCCACUCCUGUGGGCUCAACUGGAAUGUCUAGACCGGAUUUGAAACAGUCUAUUCUCUCACUCUACUCGAAGCCCCAGCCUGCCCCAAUACAGCAUGAGCGCACCUCGUCGUUUGGAGAUUUGGCCUCUCCACCACCGCAGCCUGCCUCCUCCAACUUGGGUGGACUGACUGAUGCCUUCAGCGGGCUAAGCUUCCCAACUACAACUUCCCCCCCAGCCCCGAAACCCGCCUCGAAACCCUCACCGUUCGCAGAUUUGACAAGCUUCGCCUCUAGCAAGUCGACUCCUGCAGCACCCAAAAUGACCUCUCCAAUUGGCUCCAUUAGCAGCGGAGGCGGCGGCGGAUUAUUUGACAGUCUCACGUCUCCUACAAUCCCAGCUGCAAAGCCGCAAUCCCGCACCACCUCGAUUUCGUCCAAUGGAAAUGACUUUGGAUUCUCCGGCUUUCAAUACCCUUCUUCACCUAAACCCAAGCCGCCAUCAUCAUCCCUGUCUCAUGACAUGUUCGGGUUUGCCUCUCCCCCAGUCUCUAACAGCUCCUUUUCUCCUCCCGCACCACAUGCGGCCGCCGCGCCAACCGUUUCUCCCCAACAGGAGCUGAAGUCUGCUUUCAACAUUAGCAACCCCGUGCCCCAACCACCAGCGCCUAAGCCUGUGAGCACAGCUUCUCACCCCCGAACCUGCUGCUCCCGCGGCCCCCCCGCGCCUUCUGCAUCCUCGAUGAUGAAAGUGCCGGACACCUUGACUGCCAAUGACAUUGGUGCUGGUUGGGGUGCCCCUGCUUCAUCCAAGCCACCAGCACCCACUGUCGCAGAGGAUGAAGAUUUCGGCGGCUGGGCUAGCGCAGCACCCAUCAGCUCGAAUACGACAAUGACCUCAAGCAAUGCACCCAAUAAUAGUGCGAAUGUUCCACCUAAACCGGCGGGCGGGUUUGGAGGGGCUGAUGACCUGUUUUCUAAUGUCUGGGAGUAGUUAGUUCCCCAAAACCGUACCUAUUCUAUUUUAUUCAUUCUCAUUCCAUAUAUAUUUUUUCUUCUUCCUCUUUUCAUGUUCCAUUUCCUCCCCAGCUGCACAUAAUGUGGUGUUAGGCUUUUUAGACUUCCGCGCCAGAGCGCACUGUGAUUCUAUCUUGACAUUUUUCUCUCCUUUUCACAGGGUUAUUCUUCUUCUGCCUUGCUGUAUUUACCCCCUCAUUUUAGUCAUGACAAGGUAUGGAAUGGAUAUUAUGAUUGUAAAUGAGGAGGGCCUGUGAACUUUGAUGCUGAAAAAUAAUCGCAUUUGCUGCCUACAACGCGCCCCCACCCGCAAAGACUUAGUAGUAUCAAAUAUGAUAAAAUGUGUAU